AUGCCUACAUCUGCGCACUCGGACAUGCCGGACGAUUGCUUUUCGUUUGAAGAAUCGACAGCGUGGCUGGAAUUUUUUGCACCACAAGAGAGGGAAGCCAGCCCGAGACAAGAGCCGAGCGGGACCACAGCGGACCAAAGUUCACGAGAUCCAGACAUGCGCGAGACCCCGUCUGACGGUCACGGAGAAGACAGUUGCUCUCAAGCUGUUGACAUAUCUCCAGGUGGUGACGAUACUCGACACAGUGCACUGCCACCAGAUCCGUCUCCUGCAACAAGCGAGCUACAACAUACAGAACGUUGGCUGAUAACCCCCUCACGGGACUACUGGGUUUCUAAAGAUAUCUCGGUUCAAAAGGCUGUAGAUCGACUAAUCACACCACCCAGGUCAAGUUCAGUAACGUCUACGUCUCCCGACCUCGCCGCCCUCGAUCUCGAAAUGGACCAGUCUGAUAUGACGACGCGGCUGCUAUCAGGGAUCAACUUUUUGCCAGCUUUCGACGGCCUUCUCUCAGCAAUGUCCUUUGGGCCAACAGGAUGCCGGCCAUUUUCGCCGCCGUCGCCGUCGCCGAUGGUGUCGUUGAGUUCCAUGUUGAACAGAAGCAACAUCGACGCUCUCGUCAAUUCCUACAGACAGUAUUUCAAUCCUAAUUUGCCGCUUUUGCAUUUUCCAACACUCGAUCUUGACUCAGCAUCGAUCGAAGUCCCUCUGUCUCCUACAAUAGAGGAAUGGCCGACAUCUGCACUGCUAUCCGGUCGACGCCGCAUGCAACGACCAUUGCUGUUGUCGACGCUCGCAUUGGGCGCCGCUUUUUGCGGCCAAGUCACCUUGGCUCGAGAGUUGUACCGGCAAACAAGCGCAGCACUUACAUCAUCCUUGAAAUCAGUCCGCAAUCUGCCGGUGGAAUCGGCUCCCAUACAAAUCAUGCAAGCCCUCCUGCAACACCUCAGCGGCUGUGUCUCUUUGCUGGCGCUGAUCAAAGGCGCAGGCAUUGGCACGUCUUCACACGCCUUCCAACCUGUUGAUUCGUCUCUCGAAAUAGGGCAGCACGUCAAAUGGUUGAUAUGGGUCCAUCAGGAAGAGCAAAAACGCCUCUUUUUCUCAACCCUGUGGUUGGUCAGUGCCUUCAAUCUGUAUUUCAAUGGUAUCUGUCGUCCAUCCUUGGCCGAUGUGGAAAUCAGUCUCCCGUGCAAGGAGGCAUUAUGGGAAGCCCCUGAUGCGCGAUCGUGGGCCGAGCUCCAACCGAACUCGUCGACGCCGCCGUCAUUUGUCGACGAGUUCAAGGCUCUUUUCGACCUAAAUACUCCAUCGCACUCUACGAGUCUCGAUGAUGACUUGGAGAACGAGACUAAUUUUCACGAGCGAGCUCUCGAAAUGCAACAGCAAGAUACCGUCGCCGAUAAAGGAAUCGGAGAAUUUGCCUGUUUGUUGCUGAUAUCGGUCCUGCAUGUCUGCGUCCUUGCACGAACUCAAAAUCAGCCGUCGCCGCUGACAGAUGACGUGAUACCUAACGAUGUCCCAUCUCUCAAAUCCGCAGUCAGGCGGUGGCAGCGACUGUGGUUGAGUUUUCCUCGACAGCCUUCCUUCGGAACCAGAUAUCGCUUACUGAUGAGCUGCCUUCCCAUGCUCGAUCACAUCAAUCUAUCCUUUAAACUCGACGAUCGGGCCAUGAAAGAAGCUAUCCAUCGCCGAGACCUGACCUCAGUGAAGCUCGUGCCCUUGUCGGAUAGCCCGGGCCACACCGCCCGGACUGCUGGAACGUCAGUAGACCACGAACAAUACCUCUGGAAUGCAUCAGAGACAUUGGAGCAGGAGAUUUUGUGGCAUGAGAUAACCUUAUAUGCCAGCCAUGCGUUGGAAGCCACAUUUCGACUUGCACCCUGGUGGACAUCUCCUUCAGAAGCUUCUCAUAUGCCCCUCCAUUCGGCAAUGAAUGUAUUCCACUGUUUACAAGUUUUCGCCUCGUGGGCAUCAGGGUUCCAAAGAGAGACACAAGCAUACGACUCUUUCCACCAAGGUGACCUGUGGUCCGAAGAAUUUUGGACCAUCAUCCAAGCUUGCCGUCGUUUGAUUCGCAAGUGUCGGAGUAAUAUGGGCUUGACUGGAUCUUGUGCGGCCGUCGAAGCCCCGGUCAAAGGUUUUCGUGGUGCCGCCGAAAUAGUCUUGACGCUGCUGCAAGUAUAUUCCCGCCUCUUGUCCGAGUAUUCAUCAGUGUGGCCAGGAGGCGGGUUCGCUUUAGCUCCUAAUGCCGGCCAUCUGGGAUUUGUGCUUGACUGCUCCAAAGUGCUACAGGAAAAGGGCGAGAGCGUUCUCGUAGCCUUUGUCGAGUAUGAGAUUGAGCUAACGGAAACUUUCAAAACACCAGGGUUGACUCCGAAGACUGUCUAUCCGACCCAGUACAUCCAGGGCAUCGAGGCUUUGAAGUACGUGCUCCAUCUUGGCCAUAUGCCUUCGAAUAUCAUCCUCGGUGGCGACUCGGCCGGAGGCAACAUAUGUCUGGCCAUCAUCUCCCAAGCUCUGCACCCAUCCAGCACGCUGCCACAGCUCGACUUGCCCUCACCCUUGGCGGGCGUCUUCUUGAUCUGCCCUUGGUCCAGCUUCCAGUCGUCGUCACGCUCUUACCGCGAGAAUGCGGGAGCCGACGUCGUCCUCGCAUCACAGAUGCAUCAAUGGGCCAAGUUAUUCCUACCGCCGGCCGGCUUGGACAGCGCUAUCGUACAUCGCAGCUUGGUUGAACCCGUGACCGCCGAUGCCGAGUGGUGGAAAAACUUCCCAGCACAGCAGGUCUUGAUUGUGGGCGGAGACAAGGAGGUUUUUCGAGACGACCUCAUCGGACUGGGGAAACAGCUGGCCGACGCCUCCGUCCCGGCCACCACGGUCAUCUGUGAGAAGCAGAUCCAUAUCGAGUGCAUUCUGGACAGCCAAUACGGCUUCACGGCGGGCAGGAUGUCCACUACCAUCUGGGACUGGUUGGCACGUCUCGGCUGGUGA